ACGUGUUUCCACAGUUCCGGCGCACGCGAAGCUUUGGUUUGUUUUGAGUUUGUUUUAGCUCGCAGGGACAAAAAGAUGGGGGAAGCAGAUGUGACCCUGAGUCAGAGCGAGGAGAAGCCCCCGGACUCCGGCCUGGUUCCCGGGGAGGACUCGGUGGUCUGGAGCCACGAGGUGGAGGUCUGUUUGUUUCACGCGAUGAUUGGACACAAACCGGUCGGAGUGAACCGUCACUUCCACAUGAUCUGCAUCAGAGACAAGUUCAGCCAGAACAUCGGCCGGCAGGUUUCCUCCUCCGUCAUCUGGGACCACCUGGGAACCAUGUACGACAUGCAGGCUCUGCACGAGUCAGAGAUCCUGCCGUUUCCUAAUGCUGAGAAGAGUUUCUCGCUGCCUGAUGACAUCAUCCAGGAAGUGAAAGGAGGGAAGCUCUGCUCGGACGAGGAGACCAAGGAGGAGGUCAGGAUGGAGCGAGAGCCUCCUGCUACUCAUGAAGAAGGAAGUAACUCUUCGGUGAAGAUGGAACGAGCAAGCAGCAGCCGGGAGAAGGAGCGCGAGAAGGAGAAGGGAGGAGGCGAGGGAGGAGCCGCAGGAGGAGGAGGAGGCUCCAAGGAGGCGGAAAAGAGGAAGAGGAGUCGAACAACUGAGAAGCUGCUUUCCUCCUCCAACCCGGCGAGUCCAGGAGGUGCCAAGAGGAGGCGCACCUGAGAGCCGGGCUGCUAUUGGCUGCCUUACACCCGUCACUCGUCAUGUGACCGCAGCGGGACACGUGUGGACGGUCAGAACCCGGGUUUUUCUUCUGAGCUGCAGGAACUUUUGUCCAGGGAAGGUUCUGGUUCUGUUGGCUGGAGGUCGGUCGGUCCGAGGCGAGCAGCUGAAAUGUUCUGGAAAAGGUUUUGGUCCGGUUUUAGUUUCAGUCCCAGAGAGUCGAGGAAGUUUCCUUUAACUUUGUAACAAAGUCUUAAUUUAUUCACACACAUGAAACUUUUAAUCAUUAAAGAUGAUCAGAGACGA